AUGCGCUCUCCUGGAGGCCUCACACUCAUGCACCCUCGCAGCGAGCACUGUCACUAUUUUUUCUCUCUAUGCAGGCUACAUAGGUGUUAUCUCACUGCCCAUUCAUGUGACAGUCUUUCAUCAGCUCUACAAUCUUCAAACUGUAUCCUGAGAGAGCUGGACUUGUAUAACGAUGACCUGCAGGAUUCUGGAGUGAAGUUGCUUUCUCUUGGAUUGAAGAGUCCAAACUGUAAGAUAAAGAUACUAAGGAUUUCCUUAUGUAAUCUCACUGCUCAGUGCUGUGAGAGCUUGUCGUCAGUUCUACAAUCACCAAACUCUGUCCUGAGAGAGAUGGAUCUAAGUAACAAUGACCUCCAGGAUUCAGGAAUGAAGCUUCUUUGCGAUGGACUGAAAACUCCAAAGUGCCAGCUGGAGAUACUGAGAUUUUCCUCAUGUAAUCUCAAAGCUCAGUCCUGUAAGAGUUUGUCAUCAGUUUUGCAAUCCCCAAACUGUGUUCUGAGAGAACUUGAUCUGAGUAACAAUGACCUCCAGGAUUCAGGAGUGAAGCUGCUCUCGAGUGGACUGAAAAGUCCAAAUUGUCAGCUGGAGAUACUGAGGUUGUCUGGCUGUAUGGUGACAGAGGAAGGCUGUGGUUACGUGUCUUCAGCUCUGAGUUCAAACCCCUCAUACAUGAGAGAGGUGGAUCUGAGCUACAAUCACCCAGGAGAUUUAGGAGUCAAGCUACUCUCUGAAAAACUCAAGACUCCCAACUUUAGUCUGGAGAAACUCAAUUUGAAUCAUAGAGGAGAAUCCAGGAUUACUGCAGGACUGAAAAAAUAUGCCUGUUUUCUCACACUGGAUCCAAACACUGCAAACACUGCACUCAUUCUGUCUGAGGAGAACAGAAAAGUGGCCCGUGUGAGUGAGAAACAGCCAUAUCCUGAUCAUCCAGACAGAUUUGAUUAUUGGGAACAGGUGUUGUGUAGAGAGAGUGUGUGUGAACGGUGUUACUGGGAGCUGGAGUGGAGUGGGAAUAAGGGUGUGUAUAUAUCAGUGUCAUAUAAGAGCAUCAGCAGGAAGGGAGGUUAUGAGUGUUUGUUUGGAAAUAAUGAUCAGUCCUGGAGUUUGAUCUGCUCUCCUGACAGUUACUCAUUCAAACACAAUGACACACAGACUCAUCUCCCCGUAGAGCCAAUCAGCAGCAGAACAGAUGUAUGUGAUGAUCACUAUAUAACAGGAGAGUGUGAUGAUGAUCAAUAUAUAACAGGAGAGUGUGAUGAUGAUCACUAUAUAACAGGAGAGUGUGAUGAUGAUCACUAUAUAAUAGGAGUGUUUGUGGAUCACAGUGCAGGAACUCUGUCCUUCUACAGCGUCUCUGACACAAUGAGCCUCAUCCACACAGUCCAGACUACAUUCACUCAGCCGCUCUAUCCUGGGUUUAAGGUUGGUUUUGGAUCAUCAGUGAAACUGUGUUGAUGAAUCAGAAUAGACUGACGAGAGAUUCGACCCAUAAUACUUGCAAAAUCAUUCAAAUUCAUUACAUGAAUUUGAUGAAGAACGGGCCAGGGGCGUCGCUUAUUACAUCCGAGAUCAAAUGACACAUCCAAGAUGAUUUCAUCGUGCUAAUCCUGAUCCGGCUAAUUGGGUUCUUCGAACACACCUGUUGUGUAUGAUUAGUAUCGCUGGAUUGAGUUAUCUGAGAUAAUUGCGCAUUCAUGUGUUGGCUUAAAAGGGGAUAUGUAUUGAUACUCAAAACCAUAAUCAGCAGUGCAGCGAUUGGCUGGUGGCAAGACUGGACUUUUAUAAGGAAACAGCCAAGCAAACAAAAACUACAUAAAUGUUAUAAUAGAUACAUGAAACAAAUAAUAGAUAAAUGUUUUUAUUUUAUUUUAUUUUAUUAUAAUUUUUUUCAUGAUUCCCAAUUAUUUAGAUUCACAAUUUAUAAUAGUUGUGCAGUCUUUACAUUUUUAUUUCAAUGUAGAAAUUAUCUAUUCAUUUCAUUUUAUAUUUGGACAGAUUUGUUACAUGACAGCAUUAAUGAAAGUUUCUUAAGGGUCAAUAUCAUGUUAUCUGCAUCUCCUGCAUUCCAUUAAGCCACUCUUAUAAUAGCAGUCAUCACUCAAAAUAAUGCACGACUCUAUUAUCUGUAUAGCAUGUGUGUAAGACUCUAAUACAAUUAUGAAGUAAUAAUUUUGACAAAUAAAUAUUUCUGUGAGUAAAACUGGCUGUGUCUAUAGUAGGCUGUUAUCGACUACACAACAUUUUUAUUAUUAUUUUUUUUUUAAGAAUUUAUGAUUAUUAUUUUAAAUUAUUGUCCCUGGAUCAGUACGAUAGUCUUGUAAUAAAGUAGCGGUAGUAGCAGACAUAUUUUGAGUAUCAGUUCUGGUUGAAAAGAAGCGAUCUAAUCCUGUUUCCAUGAAAUAAGCUGCUCCCGAGCAGGUUUAAGCUAACGGACCUGUUGCUAUGACAGCAGCUCCGGGAUGAGCUUCGAAGAACCAAAAGAUCCAAGAUCACGCCAAAUCGUCCACAUUCAAAUCCAGCUAACUGAGUUAGCGACGUACGAAGAAUGGGCCCCAGGAGUUGGCAACCUUUUGGCCAUGAAGUGCUAUUUAAAUCUUUCUGGUUAACCACUGUUCCAAAAAAUCACCCCCUCCCAACCACCUCACUUCACCUCCACCAUUUUUAAAACUCAUGCUGUAUUUAUGUACUACAUAAAGAUUUUUAAGAAAAAAAAUGUGUAAAUAUUUUUUGGGAAAAUAACUUUUCAUAAUCCUAAAAGUUUAUUUUAAUGUUUAAAUUAUAAUUUGAAUAACAGAAUAAACAGUGUGACCCUACUGAAUGCCACGUGUCUAAUAUUAAAUGAAUUUCACAUUGCAAAUUUUCUUCUUACCUCACUCUCUUUCAAUGUUAAACUAAUAUAGACAUUAAGAUCAGUCAUUUAUUCAAAACAUGCCAUUAAAUAUGUUAUAAUCCAUGUGAUUUUUCUCUAUUGUUUGUAAUAAAACACAAUGACAAAUCAACUUGAAAUCAUAUUUUAGAGACUUGAAUGUGUGGAUGCUAUAUGAAUUAUGACUAUAAUUGAUUCCUCACAAGGCCGAAAUGAGCUUCAUGAGAGUUCCUGACAUUAUGAAACAUGACAUUAAUCACAAGCCUCUGAUUUGGGAUGCUAUUGUGGUAGAGAGUGAAGAGGUUUCAUCUAAAUCAUCAACAUGCAUUUCCCUCCUGAAGCUGCUUACAAAAAAUUUGCAUUAUUUGCAUUAGACAUAACCAUAGCUAUAGGCACACCUGAUAUAGAUCAGAGGCCUCAUUUAAAGACAAAGGUAUGUUUUUGAAGACUGUAAGUAGUUUUGGGGUGUUUUCAAUACUUUAUUUACAUUAAAAUAAAAGUUUUGGAACAGUGUACUAGAAAUGCCUAUGCAGUUACACUGUUAUUUACAGUUCUUAUUGUUUUAUUGUUCUGCAAUGAUUUAUAGGGUUUAUAUGAUGUCAUUUUAAAGGUAAAUAUUGUGUUUAUUUGGUGUAACAAUGUUUUUUGAACAUAAAAGCAUGUCAGCAUAUUCUUUUUCAAAUAUUGUACAUUAUUGUAGGUCCUCUAUGCCCUUCUUCUCUCCACAUCAUUUUCUACAAAGCCACUCCUACCAACAAGCACUGUCUGCUUUGAUUGGCCAGCUGACCCAGUGCAUUGUUAUUGGCCUAACACCACAAGCAAUGAAUAAAGCUGACUCCACUCUGAUGUAAGUGAUGUAAAGGUUACACUUUAUUUCGAUAGUCCACUUUAGACAUUCUACUGACUAUAAGUAACUUUGUAGCUACAUGUCAACUACAUAUCAACUAAAUCUCAGAAAUUUGGAACUACAUGUCUACUAACUCUCAGAGUAGACUGUUAGGGUAGGUUUAGGGUUAGUGUUAGGGGUAGGUUUAGGCUUAGUAUAAGUUGACAGUUAGUUGACAAAGAAAGUGUUAGAAGAUAUUAAGCAGACAGUCUGCUAAGACUCUACUAACUGCUAGUUGACAUGUAGUUGCAAAGUUACUUACUGCUAGUAGAAUGUCUAAAGUGGACUAUCAAAAUAAAGUGUUACCAAUGUAAAUUAGCCUCUGCACAGCCAGACUUGUAGGCUGCAAAGUUUGUAGCCUUGAAAGUUGAAAGCUAACCUCUCCUUGGCUUACAAAACUGUCUUCCAUAAAAUGUGUUGCACGAACUCGAACAUCUGGGUUGUGCUGUUCUGUUGUAUAUAAAUCUUAACCAAUGAUUCCUCAUUGCAUCUACUUCUGGAAGGCCAAAUAAAGUGCUUUUUGCUUUGGCACAGAAACACACAGCAACUCCCUGACAAUACUGCUUAAACACCAACUGCGGUAACUGAAAACAUGCCUUCUUUCUUUGGAUGAACAUUUAGGCGUCAUUGCACAAUUAUUUCCACAUCGUGCCGUAGACGUGGGGGCAUGUUUGAAUGAAUCAUUUUAGCCUGGUCUGGAUUAGCCUUCUCUUUUAGGUAGAAUAAAUCAUUUUGUGGGAAACUUGGAGCUUUCUAAAUCUGCAGGUCUUGUACAUGCACAAAUAUCUAUGUAACUCACGAAAGAAAAGGAAAAAUAGAAAUCCCAUCAUAUGAUCCUUUUAAAAUAAAUUAAAUUGUUUCUACACUAAAACAAACAUGUUCCUACUUCCAAAUAAUCAAGGUCAUACGAUUUAACUUGAAUUUUUCAUAUUCAUUUAAUUUCAUUUUGAGAAUUUUAAUAGGGCUACUAUAUGUGUGUAUUCUUUAAAUCAGUUAAAUCAGCGUGGGUUAAAAGCAGAUCUUAAGUGCAUUUAUUUCUUGUCUCAUAAGUGUUUAGCGCAGUUGUUGUUGUUGUUAGGAAACACUUUUUUGUUUACUGUGUUGAGAUGUACUGCGUUUGGUCUCGUACUCAAUCGCAAACCUUGUCAGUGUUGUGCGCUUGCUUAGACCAUUGUUGCUGGCCUUGCUGUAGCUGAUCGUAGCUCUGUGUAGCUGUUUUUUGUUUCUCUAGAAUCUUUAUCUUACUAUGACUCUCAGGUUUUUUUACUUUAUUCACACCAUAUUUCUGAUAUUAUUGAUCAAUCUUAUCAGAUUAAUUUUGGUCAUUCACUUUUAUUUUAUAUCCGUGAGUGCAAUGCACCUGCAUUGCGUUAGCACUCGUUAGCUUGUCAUAAGCAUUUUCAUUCGAACCUAUCACUGUUUUCUUUUCUCCUCUCCUCUCUCUCGCUCCAGUUUUUCACAAGUUCAUCAAACAACUGUGGUAAGAAUAUUAAAUCAAGCACGAUGAGUAAUGGCUUCUCCUGCUAUUGUUAUGUGCACCUCUUGCCACAUGUACAGUUUAUCUAUCUCUGUCGCUGAUGAGGGACUCACAUGUGAUAAAUGCAGGGAAAUAGUUAGGCUGACAGAGAAGAUUUCAGAAUUAGAGACACGCAUCCAAACUUUAAUUGAGGAGAGUAAGAAUGUUAGGGCUCUAGAUACGGCUUUGGAUGCAUCUAGACACCAGCCACCAUAAACAUAAAUACAUUAAGAUUGUUAUUCACACCGGCUCUAAUGAUGUUCGACUUCGCCAGUCGGAGAUCACUAAAAAUAACUUUAAAGAGGUGUGUGAACUUGCAAGCACGAUGUCAGACACUGUAAUAUGCUCUGGUCCCCUCCCUGCUUACCGUGGUGACGAGAUGCAUAGCAGAUUGUCAUACCAUCAAUGGCUGGAUGUCUAAGUGGUGCCCACAGAAUAACAUAGGUUUCAUAGACAAUUGGCCGAGCUUUUGGGGCAGACCUGACCUGUUGAAAAGAGAUGGUCUUCAUCCCUCAAGUAUAACUUGUUUGAAAUAAAGGUGCUUCAUAUAACAUUAUCUAGAGAAACAAAUGUUAAUGAUAAAUCCCCUGUUAUGUUUGUACUGGCUACUGUAUACAGACUUUAUUAAAGAGUUUGAUGAUUUUAUAUCCGAGUUAGUUCUGGCUGCAGAUAAAGUUUUAAUAGUUGGUGAUUUUAAUACCCAUGUUGAUAAUGAAAAAGAUGCAUUGGGAUCAGCAUUUAUAGACAUUCUUUUGGGGUUAGACAACACGUGUCAGGACCUACUCGUUGUCGAAAUCAUACUCUAGAUUUAAUACUGUCACAUGGAAUUGAUGUUGAUAGUGUUUAAAUUAAAUUCAGCCAAGUAAUGAUAUCUCAGAUCAUUAUUUUGUUUUGUGCAAACUUCAUAUAGCCAAAAUUAUAAAUUCUACUUCUUGUUACAUGUAUGGAAGAACCAUCACUUCUACCACAAAAGACUGCUUUUUAAGUUAUCUUCCUGAUGUAUCCGAAUUCCUUAGCAUAUCCAAAACCUCAGAACAACUUGAUGAUGUAACAGAAACUAUGGACUCUCUCUUUUCUAGCACUUUAAAUACAGUUGCUCUUUUACGCUUAAGGAAGGUUAAGAAAACCAGUUUGACACCAUGGUAUAAUGAGCAUACUCGCACCCUAAAGAGAGCAGCCCGAAAAAUGGAGCACAGCUGGAGGAAAACAAAACUAGAGGUAUUUCGUAUUCCUUGGCGGGAAAGUAACCUACAGUACAGAAAAGCAUUAAAACUGCUAGAUCCGAUUACUUUUCUUCUCUUUUAGAAGAAAACAAACAUAACCCCAGGUAUUUAUUCAAUACAGUGGCUAAAUUAAUGAAAAAUAAAGCCUCAACAAGUGUUGACAUUUCCCAAUUGUAACCAUUCAGCCGUCAGCUACAGUAUCACAUCAGACAGUGCACUAUAGACCCCCUGAGGAACAGUUCCACUCAUUCUCUACCAUAGGAGAGGAAGAAUUGUAUGUACUUGUUAGAUCAUCUAAACCAACAACAUGUAUGUUAGACCCUAUACCAUCUAAGCUCCUAAAAGAGGUGCUUCCAGAAGUCAUAGGUCCUCUUCUGACUAUUAUUAAUUCCUCAUUGUCAUUAGGAUUUCCCAAAGACCUUCAAACUGGCUGUUAUUAAGCCUCUCAUCAAAAAAAAAAAAAAAACACGACGUGACCCCAAAUAACUAUUUAAUUAUAGACCAAUCUCCCUUUUCUGUCCAAGAUACUAGAAAAGGUGGUAUCCUCACAAUUAUAGUUUGUAGCAGUGAAUGAAGAGUUAUCAUAUCGAUCACAAGUGCAGUAUGGAGUACCUCAAGGCUCAGUACUAGGGCCACUACUCUUCACGAUUUAUAUGUUACCCUUGGGAGAUAUCAUCAGGAAACAUGGUGUGAGCUUUCACUGUUAUGCUGAUGAUACGCAGCUCUAUAUUUCUUCGCAGCCUCGUGAAACACACCAAUUUGAAAAACUAGUGAAAUGCAUAGUCGAUAUAAAAAACUGGAUCACGAGUAAUUUCUUGUUGCUAAAUUCUGAAAAAAACAGAGGUGUUAAUUAUAGGACCUAAAAAACUUUGCAUGUAAUAACCUAGAACACUGUCUAAGACUUGAUGGCUGCUCUGUCAAUUCUUCGUCAUCAGUUAGGAUCUGGCUCCCUAUCAAACAUCGUAUAGAUUUUAAAAUAUUGCUUAUUACUUAUAAAGCCCUGAAUGGUUUAGCACCUCAGUAUUUGAAUGAGCUCCUUUUACAUUAUAAUCCUCUACGUCCGCUAUGUUCUCAAAACUCAGGCAAUUUGAUAAUACCUAGAAUAUCAAAAUCAACUGCGGGCAGCAGAUCCUUUUCCUAUUUGGCUCCUAAACUCUGGAAUAACCUACCUAACAUUGUUCGGGAGGCAGACACACUCUUGCAGUUUAAAUCUAGAUUAAAGACCCAUCUC